AUGAAAAAAGAACAUAUUGAAGGUCAGAAAAAGAUAUCUUUUAAAGAGUGUGGUGGUAGUAGCGAGUGCUAUGAUGAUGAAGAAAAUGAUAAAAGCAAUGUUGCGCAUGAAGAACAAAAGUCUCAGCUUGGCCAGCACCAACUGAAAGUAAUUACUUAUACUGCUAGCGAAAAGAAGAAUCAGUCAGCGAAAGAACUAUGGAAAAAUGACAAGGUGAAGGAAUUGAUCAACUCAAAAAUAACAGUGGUAUCAAAGCAAAAUAAAAUGAAGGAAAAUGAGGGGAAAAGCAAAAGUUUAUUUGUGAAUAAAGUUUCAUUGGGAAAACAAAAUGGUUCAAAAACAGCUCAUGAAACACUAACUAACGUGUUGGUGAAAACAAGCGAACGAAGUAGUAUUAAAGUCGAAUUAGACCCUUCGAGGACUUUGUCAUCAACAGUUGGAAGUGAUUUGAUAAAGGUGAAGGAACACAAAAAUUUCACCACAAAAGUUAUUCCCACAAAUAAAACUUUCGAGAAAAACAGUCCUAAGGUUAACAAAACUAAAAUCGAUGACAAGGCUGGAAAGUCAUCAAAAGGAAAAGAAACUAAAACAGUAGGAAAGGUCGAGCACAAAAAUCAGUCAUCUAAAGGGCGAAAACGUCCGGCUGCAGAUAGCAUAACAGCAUCCCAAUAUACCGCUCGACCUCAAUCUGAAACCCCUACUAUGCCUGAUGAUAGUAUAUGA